AUGCAUCUUUCCGCGGAUGUGCUGCUUGCAUGCCUGACGUGUGCGUACUGGACGGCGUCGCUGCUGAUUCUCGCUCUGCGUGUCGGCGAGCCCCGCUUUGGCAGCCUGGCGCGCUACGGCGGACGCUACGUUGCCGCACCUGCAGCGCGCAACAGCGAGAAAACGCACUUCCCUCGUCGUGGCGUGGCCCUCAUGAGGCAAACACACUGCUGGAGAUGGUCUCGGAUGUGUGUCGCUGGCGUUGUUGCAUUUUUGGAGCGCUCCUCUCUUUGCCGCGUGCAGGUGAGUCGUAAGUAUAGUUUCUGUGCCUUUUAUCUGACGGGUAUUGUGUCCAGUCUCCUGCUGUUGUAUGUUGACUCUGGCCCGCUUUGUGUGGCAGCUUCAACAAGCUCUGCGGCUGCCAAUGCAGGCCUCACGGUGAACGACGCGCUGGGGCACUACAAGUCGCUUCCACUGAUUGCCUUUUUGAUUCACUGUGUUGUGCGCUUUUGGGAGUGUCUGUGCGUUCACCGGUUCCGAGGCGGACCGCACGAUCGUGUGACGUUGUUUGCGGCUGCGGCCGGAUGCUCUUUUUACAUCUUCGCCGCCAGCUCCAGCAGCCUCGUCGUUCUUCACACCCUUCGGGCCGCGCUCGUGUGCCGGCGUGAGGUGGGCGCUUCUGAAUUGCCUGGUGGAAUUCAUCGCUCUUCCUCCGCCGUUGCGCCUGCCGCUGUGGUCCUCUUUCUGCUGCACCUUCUCCUUCAGUGGGUGCAGUCGUUGCACCACCGCAUGCUGGCGAAGUUGCGUGGCGGACCAGCUGGACCUCGUGGGGGUGCUGCCGCAACUUCUCAGCAGUCCCUAGUGGGCGUGCGAGGUGGUGACGCUCGUGACGCAGCUGACGCGCUGGGCUCUUCCUCCUCGUCGUCCACCUACUGCUUCCCACGCACUGGCCUUUUCGCGUAUGUGCUGGAGCCGCACUACGCCUGUGAGAUUGCGAUGUACGUCGUUAAUGCUCUCAGUAUAUGGGCGUUGGUCUCCCCUGCCGAUGCUCUGCAUGUGGUGCUGGCGGCGACGCUUCAGUGGGAAGGGUAUCGCUACGUGUUGUUGCUUGUGACAUGCUGCACAGCCCCUUUGGGAGUGCUGCUCUUCUCACUCUGCAACCUUGCCAUUACGGCGUCCGAGCACCGUCGGUUUUGGAACUGUGUGAAUGAUGAACAAGAGGGCAAAAUACACGUUCCUCGAUGGAACUUAUUCUACCACGUGUGGUAG